AAAAACUACAUGUAAUCACAUUAAAACCUAUUGUAAUUCACAUUUAUUUAAUUAAUUAUUAUAGCAAUCUAGCAGGUUGGAACCACCUGAUCGUUCCAUGCGUCAUAAAAGAUCUUUCGAACAAAAUAAUAUUUCACCAUCAAUAUCACCAAAAACAUCUUCGGAUACUAUAGAAAUACCAAAAGCACAUACUCUACCUCCAUCAAACCACGUAGGUCGUCGUCAUUCACGUUUAUUUGAUGCCAGUUCACUUAGUGAUGCCUUCAAACAAAAGGUUUCUUCAAAUGCUUCGAAGGCACUUGAACAAAUUACAGGGAAACCUAACGGACAUACUAAGAUUGAUGAUAAACAUAAAAAUCGUGGAGAUUCUUCCGAAACUUCAAAGAAAACUGGUUUUUUUUCUAAAAAAAAUGAAUCGUUAGAUAACCCUCCAAAAAUUCGACAAACUGAAAAUCGUGGGAAAACAACCGGGUCUCAUACUAGAAAUGCUUCUAUUACAAGCUUUCGAAGUGAACCUUAUGAAGGUGGUAUGGGGCGCACAUUUUCAAUUUCUAGUCAGCGAAGUGAUAUUACCGAUAUCUUAUCAAGGAAGAGUGAUCACGGUGAUACGGACAAUUCAAGCCGAAAAGCCGGAUCUCCCUCUUCCAGCCGAAAAGCAAAAUCAUCGAAUAUUCAACAAAGUCACCCGCAUUUACCUCAUAUUGAUGAAAAUACUACAAAUGUUCAAUUAAGUCCACCAUCACACAGUGAAUACUAUUCAAAUACACCGGAUUCUCCAGCCACUUCGCGUUCUAGUUCUCCCACUAGUCCAAGAUUUCGACCUAGUCUUAGUAACAAAGCACCUCCAGUACCUCGCAAAAGCGGUCAUUUUAAUGGCUUGGAAAUUGGCCCACCAGUACUACCGCCAUUGUCGUUCUCAAGUGGAGAUGAUGACUUGAGUAGGCUAGUUGCAAGUGGAAAAAAUGACGAAAAACGCAAAAAUAGGCGUGGAGAUUUUUCGAAAGAUAAGAAUAUCAAAAUAUUAAAUGGUGUUGAUUCGAUGGAUUUUGAAGGGUUUUCAUCCGGCAGUUCUCCUAUGUCACCGAACAGAAAGAACAGUGGAUCUUCAAUAACUUCAUUAUCCAGCCGAGAAAAUGAAAUAAUCAUAACUGAACCGGAAGAUGUACCAUUGGAAGAAUUACAAAAAGCUUAUGCUGAUACAAAAAAGAAAUUGACAGAAGCUGAAAGCAACGUCCGCAAAAUAAAGGUAUUUAUGAAUAUUUAAAUUUAUUGUGUAUAAUAUUUAUUAACAAUAUUCCAUAAAUUAUAUAGAGAGAAAGUAAGAGAGCAUAUGAAGAAUUCACUCUAGAAUUUAAUAAUGAAAUAACACUAAGGAAAAAGACCGAAGAGCAAAUUCGUGCACAACUUGAUAAACAGACUCAGCAGAUAGAAGAAUUAAAGAAAGAAAAAGCUGAAAUGGAACAACUGAUUAAAGAUUCUCGAUUUACAAAACAACAAUUGCAAGAAAUGCAACAUAGUUUAAGCGUAAUGAACGUACAAAAAGAAUUAAAUAUUAAGGAAAUCGAAGGAUUAGCUAAAGAAAAGCAA